GGCAGUUGUUAAGGAUGUUACAAAAAAAAAAAAAGAGGAAAAAAAGGGCCACCAUGGAAAUUCUUCUUUGGUUGUGUUUAAGUCAUCUGUGGGUUUGCCAAGUGCUAAGCUCUCCUGUUAGAUGUCAGAUAAACCAGCCACAGCUCCAAGAUGUGGAACAUUUAUCUGGCUACACAGAUGCACAGUCGACCUUUAUCCAGCAAGUGAGUGACUACCGUAAGGCUUCAGUGAUGGAUGAUGUCUUGGCUGCUCUACUCUCUCUGGGAAGCAUAUCUGACCCUAUGGAGGCACAAAGAGUGUACUUGGAAAUUCAGGGAUUAAUUCUUGGUUCUGGAAAAAAUUAUUCUGGAAAGGUGAGCCCUCCUGCAAAAGCCAGUGGAACCGCAGCAUCGCUGCCUGGAUCCGAGGAGGGUUCUGGAGAAGUGAGCCCUCCUGCAAAAGCCAGCGGAACCGCAGCAUCGCUGCCUGGAUCCGAGGAGGGUUCUGGAGAAGUGAGCCCUCCUGCAAAAGCCAGCGGAGCCGCAGCAUCGCUGCCUGGAUCCGAGGAGGGUUCUGGAGAAGUGAGCCCUCCUGCAAAAGCCAGCGGAGCCGUAGCAUCGCUGCCUGGAUCUGAGGAGGGUUCUGGAGAAGUGAGCCCUCCUGCAGAAGCCAGCAGAGCCGCAGUGUCGCUGCCUGGAUCCGAGGAGGGUUCUGGAGAAGUGAGCCCUCCUGCAGAAGCCAGCAGAGCCGCAGUGUCGCUGCCUGGAUCCGAGGAGGGUUCUGGAGAAGUGAGCCCUCCUGCAGAGAAUCCUCCUGAGAAGGAUUCUUCUGGAGGAGUGAACCUUCCUGCAAAAGCUGGCAAAGCUGUACCGUCACAACCUGGAUCCAAGAAGGGUUCUUCUGGAGAAGUGGGUUCUUAUGGAAAAGUGAGCCCUCCAGCAGAUCCAGAGCAAUUGAGGUUGCUUGAAUCAGAAGUGGAGUGUGAGGGUUUCACGGCGGUGAAUGCUGCUGGCCAUGUGUCCCAGGAUGAAGCCUUCAGUCAUGUGGUGCCCCAAGAAUUUCUGAGCACAUAAAUGGGACUGAGCUUGAGAACCUGGCCUCUGUUUGUCUGACAAUAAAUCUUUCUUGCCUGGAAAUCUCA